AUGGAAGAUAUUAAAAAAAUCAUAAAACGAAAAUCUCUUGGAAGAACCGAAUGUAUUGGAUCUCUAUAUAAUGCCACAAGGGAUACAUUCUGCAAAACUACGAUAUUGAAAUCAGGAGUUUCAGAUGAUGCCAUGAGGAGAGUAGACAUUUCCGAUACUAAAAUAUUAUGUGAUUAUAAAGAUUCAUAUAAGGAAAAGUUCAACAAGUUAGAUAUUGAGAAUGAAUUAAGAUUAAGUAUUCUCACAGAAAUUACCGCUCUGAAGAAUUCCGGCACAUAUCUGAGAGAUAUAAAAAAAAGCUUUAGAUCCGUAAGGGGAACUCUUAUAUAUAUAAUAACUACUAUUGAAGAACAUUUAGACAUUUACCGUGAUGAUGUUAAAGCAUGCAUUUCUACAGAUGAAUUUAACAACUCUGAUGCUACCCACAUCGUGACAGGAAUAAAAUGGGGAACAACUAUGACGGCAAUAUUUGAGUGUAAGGACGUGAAUGAAGAAAAUAGGUCUCAAAUUGAAGGAGCAUUAAAGUCUCGUCUUAAAAAAAUAGCAAAUUAUGGAGAGGGUCGCAUAGAUGUUAAAGAUGAACCAUAUAAUAUAAUGGAAUGCUUCAUCAUAAGACUUCUUGGAGAUGUUAUUCCGCAUGAUAAAGAACGUACUCAAUCCUUUGAUGAAGUUAUAAAAGUCAUUUCUGAUAUUCCUUUAUACAUUAAGAAAUUUAAUAAUGGGAAAGGAUUUCCGGUUGAAUACACAUUAUAUCCAUUGUCAGAACUUACAAAACAGCUUUCUCAAAAUGUCAUUGUCAAAAGUAUUGCAACAAAAUUUAAUGAGGAAACUAUUCUAAAAAUAGAGCAAGUUUUUGACGGUUUGUCAGAGUCUAAACAAAGGCUUUAUGAUUUGUAUCAUGAUGCAAAAUCUACCUCUGACCUUAUACCGAACAAGAUUUUUGAUGAGAUCAAUAAUUAUAGACAAAUGUUUAGAGAAGAAAGAUCAAGAUUUAAGCAUGAACUUGCCGAAAGUCUUGUUAAAAUACGUUCUGGAAAAAGUAAUACUAUUGAAUUCGAGAAUAUAAUAAAGAAAUUUCAGAAAGGUAUCUUAUCCAAGGAUUCUAUUAUGACAUAUAUUCAGCAACACCGAUCAAUAUCUAUAAAGGCCGACUUAGUACUUGCUAUAAAGUCCGAAAAAGUGAAGUACCUUGAUAACAAUUCAACUAUCAAGCAUAUUCUGAAUAUGCACUCAAACAAUCAUGUUUUUAUACUUUUCGAUAACGAAGACUAUAUUAUUGAUGAGAAUUCUUCAUCAGUAUAUAGCAUAUUUCGAGACCUGUGCAAUUUGAAUGAGGGAAUAGGCAAAUUCUUUAUAGCUGAUCUUAAAACUUUUACUGGCAUAAAAGAUCCUGGUCGUUUAGUAAUUCAUCACUAUAUUAAUGGAAAGCUAAAUAGUGAUGAUUAUUAUAAUGAUAAUAAAGAACUAUUCACAUCAAAUCUCAUUAAAUUCGAUUCUGAGCCACGCUUCAAACCAAAACAUAAUCCCAGUGAGAAAAUACGAUUGACAUUACCCUGUCCUCAAGUUGAUUGUCCAUCUUUAAUUUGUGAAUGGAAAUGUCUUAAAUGUAAACAAUCUAUAGACUAUGGCUUCAACUUACGCUUAUACUGCAGAUGCGGUGAAAGCAAAAUUUCUCGUUGCAAGUUCAAGUGCAAUAGUUCAUAUCACAUUAACGGAUACGUAUCUUUUGAAUUAAAUGAACUUACUGACCUAUUACCAUCAGCACCUUCACAGGAUGAAACAAACAUAUUAUUACUUGGUGAGACUGGUGUGGGGAAAACUACAUUUGUAAAUGCUUUUGCAAACUAUCUCAAAUUCAAAACACUAAGCGAUGCAAAAUCUGGAGACAUAGAGAUAUUUGUUUCGUCUAAAUUUACAAUAACAGAUGAAAACUAUAACAAUAAGGUAAUUAAGAUCGGCAAAGCUGACUCAAAUGAACAAUUGGAGAACGUAAGUGCAUCUUCUACCCAGGAAUGUAGAAGUUAUAUAUUUCAUUUAGCUAAAAAUAAGCGAAUAAGAUUGAUUGAUACACCUGGUAUAGGAGAUACUAGAGGGAUAGAUCAAGACAAGAAAAAUUUUGAAAACAUAUUAAAUUUUAUUAGUAAUUUUAAGUUUUUAAAUGGGAUAUGCAUUCUUCUUAAACCUAACAAUUCACGACUAAAUGUAGUGUUUAGGUUUUAUAUACAGGAAUUAUUAUCAAAUCUUCACAAGAAUGCUAAGGACAACAUUGCUUUCUGCUUUACUAAUUCUAGAGGAACAUUUUAUCGUCCUGGAGAUACAUUACCAUCACUUAAAAAACAACUUGAGGAGUUCAAGAAGAGAUCUACUAUUGAAAUAAAGGCCAACAAGGAAACGAUGUACUGUUUUGAUAAUGAGUCAUUUAGAUUUCUAGCAGCAAUAAAGGCAGGCGUAUCAUUUACGGAUACAGAUGAACAAAGUUUUUCAGAAAGUUGGCACAAGUCUGCAGAUGAAUCAUCAAGGCUCAUUAAGUACAUUAUGACACGUCCACCUCACAAAAUAAAGCACACUCUAUCACUUAAUAAUUCUAGAAAUAUAGUGACAAUGCUUUCAAAACCUCUUGCUGAGAUAGAACAGCUUAUCCAAAUAAACAUCAAGCUGGUCAAAGAAAAACAAAAAGAAUUAGAAAACUUCAACCAAAUCACAGAAGAAUUUAAAGAUAAGCUAAAUAUUUUACAGCUGAAACUUGAACCAAUAGCAUUGGAAUAUCCAAGAACUGUAUGCACCAAUAGUAAUUGUAUCAAAUUUUUGCAAAUUAAACAAACUAAUAUUAAGACAAUAGAUUAUGCAACACAUUGUUGUCCAAGUUGCAAUUUAACAAAUAUUAGAUGUGAUAAGAUAGAUGGUACAGCCUUGAGAUGCUGCCCGGUGCUUGCUGGAAAAUGUAAAGUCUGUGGCUGUUGUUGGGAUAAGCACAUAUAUAUUACCUACGAAAAUAAGAUCAAUGUAAAAGUGAAGAAGAAAUCAACCAAGAAAGCGAUUAUAGAAAAGUGUCAAAAAAGGAUUAUCAAGUUACAAAAAGAACAGCGAAAAAUCAAUGAAAUUAAUUUCAAGUUCGCACAAUUUUUAAGACAAAAUGCAAUAUACAGUUCUUGUGAUGCAUAUGUAGAUUACUUAAACCAUCUCAUAAACGAAGAAAAAAGUAAAAAGAGUACUGAUGACGAUGAUGAAAUCAUUAAUGGACUUGAAAUCACAAAAAGAAAUUAUUUGAAGGAAAUAGAAGUUAUUAAACGAGCGAUCGAAAAUAAUGACUCUUCCAUGCCUCCUAUUUUACCAAAAGAUAUAACCGAGUUUGAACAACAAUUAUAUAAUUUAAAAAUCAAUGGCUCAACUCUGAAAAGGAUGAAAGACGAAGCGGAACGUAAUCGAACAAAUGCAUUCAGAUAUAAUGAAAAUCAUUAUACACAUACUUGGAAGUCGUUAUCAAACUUUAUUACAAAAGUUUUCCAUGGAUAGUAGACUUAGUAAAAUGUCUUUCGUAAUUGAUAUGUCAAAUUUACUAUUUCAUUCAUUUCACGAAGUUAUCAGCAGUUUGUUUUAAUUUUUGCUAAAUCUAAUUUUAUAAAUUUAAUCAAAGAGGACUUAUUGAGUCAAUAGGUGAUUUGUUCUGCCAUUACACACGUUGUCG